AUGAUUUCCAAGCAUACCGUUCGUCAGCUCAAAUUUAUCAUCCCUGGAGCUGCAAUCACGUAUGCAUUCAACACCCAUCGCGUCUUUCUGGAGGUGUUAACCAGACAAGGUGUAAAAGGGCAGUGGGGAAGACUGUUUGCAUUUACUUCCAUAGGCUUUGAAGGACUUGUGAUCAUACUGUUCCUCUACGUCCUUCUGGUACCGUGGAUACAUGGCCUUGAACCAGAUUACCAGUCUUGGCGAGACUCUGGAAUACUCUCUUCUGUCAUUCCAAUCUUGACCACCGCGAUCUUGGUCGGCUGGUCGCUUCUGUCCUUUACCCUUGGGAGGUGGUCUAAUUUGGGAUACCUAGAAGGAGUAGUAGGGGCGUCAGGCUUGUAUGCACUCACGUUUGGACUAUUAGGCCUUCUUCCUGCCCCAAAGGUUCACCGCUCAUGA